UUCACACACUUUACAUCUAGCAGCCUUCUUCUCCGGACACAUCUCUCCUUCUCUCCCUCUUUUUAUAUCUUUGUGGAUCUUUAAAACUGAAAAUUCCAAGCAUUCGUGUUUACUAGGUUCUGCUGUGUCGAAAGAUGUCUACAUUUUGGCCUUUAUUGACCCUUAUUGUCUUUUCCUCUUUGACCUCUGCAAAAAAGCAGCAAGGUGGGCCAAGGUUUAAUGGAGGGAAGAUGUACAAAUACCAUUACACUAUGGAACUCCAGUUAGACAGAGGAGGAGGAGCUGUUGAAGAGACUGCAGGAUUUAAGAUUUUGUCCAAAGUCAACGUUAAUUUGCUCUGGAGAAACUCAAGCAAUGAAGAUGACCAACUUAUUCAAAUAGCGGUAACUGAUGUCAAGCUUGAAAAUGUGAGUGAACGUACAGAUGACAAAAACAUCUUUAAAGGCACCAGUGGAGAAGAAAUCCUGGGAAAAAGUGACCUAGCCACCUUGAAGAAUCCAGUCCUUGUCCAUUGGGUCAAUGGAAAGGUGAAAACAUUCUACUCAUUCUCAAAUGAGCCUGUGGUGCUUCAAAAUAUCAAGAGAGGUCUAGCCAGCUUGUUCCAAGUACAAUUCAAGUCUAGAAGUGUUACUGAGGUUGAUAUCUCCGGAAAGUGCAGUGUUGAUUACCAGGCACGCGAUGACCAGGUAACCAAAGUGAAGAAACUGGACAGCUGCAAGACGUCACAGAGCGGAUUCACCAGUCACAGCAAGGUUUUAGGGGUUACCGCAACAUCACAAUCAGUGAGCAUGUACGUAUUAAAGAAGAAUUUAAUUCAUUCAGUAUUAUCUGAGGAGCAUCACCUGAUAUCACUAAAUCUACGACAAGAACUUGCAGCCAAAAUUACAUCAAUACAGAAGUUGGAAUUUCUGACAACCGAAGCUGGACCUAAAGAAAUCCAAGGAGAUCAGAUUAGCAGUGUUGUUAAUUCAGUGAAUUCUGAAUAUGCCCCCAUCUCUCUGAUCUCUGGAGUAGUUAAAGCAAAAUGCAAAGGAUGUCCUUCACUUGUUGAAUACUGGCAGACUAUUCGUAAAGAACUAGAGCCUGACAACCUUGCAAAAGCAUCUGCCUCCAGGCACUUCAUAUCUCUGGUUCAUGCUCUGAGGAAAGCUAAGAAGGAGGAGAUCCUGCAAAUUCUGAGAAGUGAAAGUGAUAGCAGACUCCCACCAUUGGUCGAUGCUGUGACCUCUGCUCACACCGUUGCUUCUUUGGCAGCAAUGUUGGAAUUCCUGGAUUUCCGAAAUGACAGCAGCUUCAUCCUGCAGGAAAGGUUCCUGUAUGCCUGUGGAUUCACCUCUCAUCCCACAGAAGAAUUGCUCAAAGCCUUAAUGGGUAUACUUGAUGGAAAAAUUAAGAGUGCUGAUAUCCGAGAAACUGUUGUUAUCAUCACAGGGGCACUUGUCAGAAAAUUCUGCAAGCAAGGACAGUGUGAACUACCGACAGUGAUUAAAGCAAAGGAAAUGAUUCUGGAAGGGGCAGAGAAAGCGACAAAGGAAGCUGAGAUUGUGAUGUAUCUUCUUGCUUUGAAAAACGCCCUCCUUCCCGAGGCAAUUCCCACUUUACUGAUGCAUGCAGAGUCAGGCUCUGGUCCCGUCAGCAACAUUGCAGUCUCGACUAUACAGAAAUAUGAGCAAGCUUUCAUCACAGAGGAGGUGAAAAAGGUAAUGAAUAGGAUCUACCAUCAGAACAAAGGGAUCCAUGAGAAGACUGUACGUGUGGCUGCCGCAGAUGUCAUCUUUAACAACAACCCCUCGUACAUGGAAGUUAAAAAUAUUCUCCUCUCCAUCGGUGAAAUGGCACCUGAGAUGAGCAAAUAUUUACUCGCAAAGAUUCAGGAUGUUCUCCGCUUUAAACUUCCUGGAAGUGAGGUGGUGCGUAAGGUUCUGAAAGACACUAUUGUUCACAACUAUGACCGUUUCUCCAGGAUUGGUUCCUCAUCAGCCUACUCAGGAUACAUGAAACAGGGCAGUGAUUCCACAUCCACAUACAGUAUGGACAUCCUGUACUCGGGCUCUGGCAUCCUUAGAAAGAGCAACAUGAACAUCCUUGUACUCAGCCAGGAAUCACAACUGCAUGCUACCCAGGUUGUGAUUGAAGCUCAGGGAUUAGAGUCUUUAAUAGCUGCAUCACCAGAUGAAGGGGAGGAGAACCUUGAGUCCCUGGCCAGCAUGUCUGCUGUGUUGUUUGAUGUCCAGCUCAGGCCUGUCACCUUCUUUCGAGGCUACAGUGACUUGAUGGCCAAGAUGCUCACCACGACUGGUGAUCCGAUAAGUGUUGUCAAAGGGCUCAUUCUGCUCAUCGAUCACUCCCAGGCUCUCCCACUGCAGUCAGGACUGAGAGCAGCUGUGGACUUCCAAGGAGGUUUGGCCAUUGAUAUCUCGGGUGGAAUGGAAUUCAGCCUCUGGUACCGGGAGUCUAAAACCACUGUCAGCAACCGGGGUGCAAUGGUCGUAGUUGGCAACAUCACUGUGGACUCGUUGUUUGUACAGAGCGGGGUGGAAGUGAGUGUGGAAUCGGAGGCUUUGCUCGAUUUUCUCUCCACUGUGAAGUUCUCUGAGUACCCCUUCCUUGUCUGUAUGCAGAUGGUCAAAGACCAGUUUCCUUUCAGGCAAUUUGUGACCAAGUAUGAAAGACUAUCAUCAGGACAAUCAUACAUCUCUCGGAAAGGCAGGAAAAUUGUGAUACCUGGAUCAGAAUUCCCUCUCCACCAGGAAAACUCCGACAUGUGCAGAAGGGUCUUUGCGACAGAGUCAAGCUCAUCGGACUGGUUCUGAGAUUAGAUAGGUGGGAAGGGGGGAAGAUGAGAAGGGGUGAUCUGUCACUUAUGACAGACCCUACAAGGGGAAGAUGCAAAAAUAAAAUAAAAACCAGGGAUUGGAGGAAGC